UUUAUUUGCGCUGGAUUAACAUUAAAUAUGUUCCCCUGUAUCCACCCUGUUUUAUCUCCUCCACCCUCAGGUCCUCCUCUCCCACCCACCCCAGUUUCUAAUUGGAUUUCAUUACCAUUUCCUUUCCGUUUUUCCCAGCCAGACUGUCUGCCUGGUAGGAACGGCUUUCACUGCUCUCUUGGACACACUCAAACAUCAGCAGCCGCAGCUGCUCGCUUAAGACUUGACACUACAUCAUCUGCCGUGACACUGCAAUGUCCUCACUCCGGCUGUUGCCUUUGUUGCACUCCCUCCUUCUCCUCCAACUCCAUCUUUCCAACCAGUUAGAAGACAACAAGAUCCCUCCCAGUCUGUGCACUGGUCACCCUGGUAUCCCGGGCACUCCUGGAGCUCAUGGCAGUUCUGGUCAGCCAGGGAGAGACGGGAGGGACGGGAGAGAUGCUACUCCAGGGGAGAGGGGACAUAAGGGCGACACGGGAGACCCAGGUGAGACAGGAAUGCGAGGCCUGACCGGGGACGCAGGUGACCACGGAGAAAAGGGGGAGAGGGGGCAGGGAGGAGAGUGCGCAGUGGCCCCCAAAUCCGCCUUCAGUGUGAAACUCACCGAGGGCCACACUUUACCCCUCACUGUGGGCAAUGUAGUCCGCUUCGACAAGGUCGUGAUCAACGAACAGGGCGACUACAACACGGAGACGGGACGAUUCACCUGCAAAGUGCCAGGAGUUUACUACUUUGCCGUCCACGCCACUGUGUACCGCGCCAGCCUGCAGUUUGACCUGAUGAAGAAUGCACACACAGUGGCAUCUUAUUUUCAGUACUACGGGAACUGGCCUAAACCGGCGUCUCUGUCAGGCGGCUCCCUGCUCCACCUCGCCCCUGGUGACCAGGUGUGGGUCCAGAUGGCUCUCUCGGAGUACAAUGGAUUUUACUCCAGCACCAAGACAGACAGCACCUUCACAGGCUUCCUGGUGUACUCAUACUGGAAAAACUCUGCCGUGUUCGCAUGACACGUGCUCAGGAACAAAACAAAGUCAUAUUCCACUUUGGGAAAUGACACAUCCUUAUUUUCUUCUUUUUGCCUAUUUCAGUUUGCUAAUUGAAGAAGUUCUGUAUAAAGACAAGUAAAUAGGCUGUGACUUGGUACAUCUGUAUUUGUGUAAUGAGUAUAACACACCAGAAAAUGUUACUGUAAUGGCACAUGCUGUACUUGUGAGGUACCUACACUGGUUAUUCAGCGUCUGUUCUUCAUUUGCAGCCUUUAAACUGCUGUGACACUUAAUUCCUGUAACAGAUGUUGUGACAACGGCCUCAAGCCAACUCCAGGCUACACAUUCAAACAGCUUUUAUGGUAUUAUUGCACUUUGCUUCCCGUCAAUAUCUGCACAGCAAACAUGGAGAAAAGAAAUCAUGGUAGUUUUUAAAACACACGUGACUGACAUAUAUUUGGUCAUAAAUACACAUUCACACUAGCUACUGACAAAUAACACAUGACUGACAAUAAGUGACAUUUUUAGCUUCAAUCGCCAAACAUGAUAUUUGUGUCUCAUACUGUGCCAUAUAUAUGCCAUUUCAGUUGUGGAAGUAGAUCCUUUAUUAAAGUAAAAGUACUAAAUAUAGUAAUAAAACAGUAAAACAAAAAUA